AUGAUGUUCCUAAGAAGCUGUGUUUUGGUUGCCAUUGCCGCCAAAUGUUUUGCCGGUCCCAUGUCCCAGGGAGAUUUAGAAGAAUUUGAUAAAAAUGUGCGAGUGAAAUUAGCGGUUAAGGUCGCGGAAAGUUUUGAAACUCUAACACAACAAAUAUCAAAACUUAAUGGUGAUUGUAUGUCUAAAAUCAACACCACCAUUGACCAGUGUGCUUCUUGUAACAGAAAAAAGAAGCAGUAUAUGGGAGUUCUCAAUGUCGGAUCAGUUUUGAGUGUUCCAGUUUCUGAGGGCACAAAACUGGCAAAGACGAUUGCAGAGUCGCUCUCCAAAGAAAGUGUGCAACAAUUUCUGGGAAGCAACUUAAGAUCUGUGCUGAAAACGCUAAAGGGGACAUUUAUUUCCAUAAUCAAAAAUAAAGAUAUAAGAGAAAUCCCGAUGUUUUUCAAUAACUUUCAGAAAAAUUUUGCAAGUCUAAGAAAUUCCAUUUUAAACCUUCCAUCAACCUUUAAUAAUUUGGUCGGAAAUAUCGGCAGUGAACUGAGAAAGCUAAGAUUCUGGAGAAAAAAGCGAUCAGCAGCCUGUUCUGCUUGCGACCAGUUACAAUCAGACGAUUCGACUGUUGUAAUAGCUAAUGUAUGUGGUGCUGAUGCAGCCAACGGUUUGGCGAAUCUUUCAAAGAGUAUAGAGAAUCUACAACUUUUAUAUGAAGACGCCAUUAAUGGCACUGUACUCACAGAGAUACAUACCGGAACGCCUCAGAUGACGAUGUCUCCGUCCUUGUCUGUCUCGGCUGACCUUGACCACAUCAUAUACAGCAUUGAAACAACGACAAAAACACUGGCCGGAGUGCCCGGCGAGAAGAUAAUCUUCACAGAUAAACCAGCAUCGUACGCUAUGCUGGCAGAUAAAAUAUAUAAUGACUUUGUGUGA